CGAAACUUGCAUCUGUUCCAACCUCCAGUGAAUAGAGAGUACCAUUUCCCCUUCUCCAGUUCACAUGUCUCCAGCAGCUUCAAGAAUUGCCACAUUUGGGUUAUCUUCUUCUUGUUGUUGCACCCGUUCCACUGUUCUUCAUCCACCCAUUUUGCAUAAUCAGGCUGCUAUUCCGAUAGCAUUUUCCCCACAAGUGCUCUACCUGCGGCGGCAGAAUGGGAAGAAAAUGCUUAUAUUGCCGAAUUAUCGGAAUCAUCAUCACCCUCUUCGACCCUGUUCUGUAAAUGAUAACCAAGAUAGUCAAACUAAAGAGUCAUCAGAUAUCAGUUUGCCAGAACAGACAGAUUCGACUGGAAAAGAAAAUCAUCAGCAAGAGUCUCUCACAACGAAUGAAAUAUCAGGGAAUAAAUUUCACUGCCGGAGCCUUGCAGGAAUGUUUUCUUGUGGUGUUUGGUGUUUUGCAGACCAAUUUUAUCCAUCUAAUAAAUCAAGAGAUUCUUUCAUUAAUAGGAUCUUGAAGAGGUUGAAGAGAUAUGGUGUCGCAGGAGUGCUGUCCUAUGGCCUCUUAAAUACUUGUUACUAUCUUUCUACUUUUCUUUUUGUAUGGCUUUAUGUUGCCCCUGCACCUGGGAGAAUGGGUUAUGUUGCAGCUGCUGAGAGAUUUCUUAAGAUAUUGGCUAUGGUGUGGGCUGGUAGCCAAGUUACUAAGCUUAUCCGAGCAGGGUGGGCUUUAGCACUUGCGCCUGCUGUUGACAGGGGGUUGUCAUGGUUUACUAUUAAAUACAAGUUCAAGUCACAAGGAAAGGCUUCCAUGGCAAUAGCUGGGUUUUGUUUUGGACUGGCUUUCAUGGUCUUCCUUGUGCUGACAUUGCUCUGGGCAUAAAGUUUCUCACAACUUUUGUAUCCGGUUUUCCGCUGAAAGAACUCUUCUGGUGAUUCCAAUAUCAUUUAAGUAGCCAACAAACGUGGCGUAUUUGUUAAAAGACUCGACCUUGCUAACAUUUUCUUUUUAUGUGCUAAUUGUGUUUGGCUAGGAGGUUAUUUGAAAUAAUUACUAUGACAUUUUUUAUAAUAUAAUAUAUGUGAGAUAAAAAUUUAAUUGAAAA